AUGGAGGACGCCAAACCCGCUCGCCCCAAGUUGAAGAUCAACUUGGGAGCCAAGGUCGACAAGUCUGCUUCUACCGCCUCUGCUCACCCAGACUCCUCGAUCCCCGUCUCUCAGAUCACCAACUCCCAGCCUGUACAGACUCCUCUUACGCUUACUCCGAGUCAAACUCCUGCUACUCCGUCCGGAACGAAGCACAAGAUCAAGCUCACGAUGACCAAGUCCGUGCCAGCAACUCCCGCCGACGGGGCGGCUCCCGUUCUCCCGGGACCGGCUCCGGUUGCACGAGCGGCGCCCGCUAUCAAGGCAGCCCCCCCAUCCAUUACUAAGACCAAGGCUGGACGAACCUCGAAACCUACGGCGAAGAAGCGUGCGAAGGAUGAUGGCGAUGAGGAUGAUGCUGGAGGUGCGUCUACGGCUCGGCCGGCGAAGAAAGUCCGCCUGACGAAUAUCUCCGUGGGCGGCGAGAUCAGCCGUCGAGGCUCCCAGAAGGUCGUAUCCCUCAAACUCAAGCAGACGGGGGGGGAGAAGCCUAUGCGAGAGCCGGGAACUGGCUACGACUCGGAAAUGGAGGGCGCUGAGGAUGAUCCGAUCAUUGAAGAACAGAUCGUGUUCCGCAUGAUGGAGGACGAGAACUGCGAAUACCUACGAAAGCAGGUUGAAGAGCGACGCAUCGGCGCCGGAGCGGACUUCAAGAUAAAGUUUAUUGACGACCGCCGUGCCUUUGUCGUUGUGCGGGGACAGCCAUAUGCUGCUGUACUGGUAGAUCUUCCCACAAUCACCGAGGGCAUGAAGACCUGGGAUCGUAAGGCACUAGUUAAAUCGGCUGAUCUCUGCCAAAUGCUACUGGUAUUCGCGAAGGUCAAGAGCGAGCACGAAGCUAAGACUAUCGAGCUCCCGAAGACGGUUAUGGACGGCCACAGAUGGCCUCAUGGCCUCACUCCUCCCAUGCACGACUGCGUACAUCGCAGAUUCCGCAAGCGUCUAAGUCAUAAGGAUAUUAUGAACAAGGAGGCGGAGGUUGCCAGGCUACUUCAGCUGGACCAGCAAGCGGCAGCCACGAGGUGGGAAUGGGUCGAUGAGCGGAGAGCAACUACCGCUCAAGCCUCUGAAGAGGAAGAGAACGAAGGCUAUCAAGACGCAGAAGGCGAGGAGGACGAUGAGGGCUACUUCCCAGCCAAUGGAUACACACAAGAUGAUGAUGAAGCUGGUGUGGAGAUUGACGAGGCCGAUCUCGAGGCCGAGCUGGCAGCCGCAAUGGAAGAGGAUGAUAUGGAAGUGGACACAGAGGGGACACCUGCCCAGGUUGGAGCAACACCGAUGACCACCAAUACCGCGACUCCAGCCGCCAACGCAGACACUCAAGACGACGUCGACGGUGAUCUCUUUGACGAUGACGAUGAUGAUGACGACGACGACGAUGACCUGGAUCCAGAUGAGAGAGAGCAGCGCGAACGCAUCAGAGGCGUGAAGGAGGACUGCAGAGAGAUCAACGCCCAGAUCAAGAAGCAAUGGGCGAUCAUGGAAGCGACACCAAACAACAUCUUGAAGCAGCGCGUCAUGACGAAGAUUAAGACUUUGCGAUCAGAACGCCGCCUUAAGUUGGCCGGUGAAUCACUCCCCGAUAUGCUUGAUGAGUUUCAGGAGCCUGAUGAUGAGUGA